UUACACAUCACAUAUAAAUGCUUGACAUGCUCAUAUAACUUCAUUUUCUUCCCGAGCUCUAAUGGCGUCUUCUUCACCGCGGUCUUCUCCCACCGAUAACCCGCAACUUCUUCCCCUUUCCGACGGCCACUCUCCUCUCUCCUCCGUCAUCUACGAGCUUUCGCAGCAAGUGCAGACUGGAAUGGAGAAUAUGCUUAAGAUGAUUAGUGAAAUUGAUCAAAGCUCGGGUGGUAUAAUAGAAGACAUUGAGAAAUGCAAAGACUCAGCUCUUGAGAGAAAAAGAACUUUAGAGGAAGACAAAGAGCGAUUCCAGAAAGCAGCUUACUCUGUUUUAGACAUGCUGAACAACAGAGAGAAUAACUAGAGUUCUGACUUGUUUAUACACUGUCAUGCGAAGGACGUUUGAUCUUGCUGAAGAAUAUCAACCAUUGGAUCUAUAUGGCUUUUGAGGUAUGUAAAAAAUUUGAAACCUUUGUUGUGCUGAAGAAUUAUACAUUAGAUCAGCUAGGUUUUCGAUUCAAUAAGAAAAUAUUAGGUUCGUUACAUUUACAAUCUUGUUGAAAAGGGUUACUACCAAGUUAAUUGCAUUAAUCUCUUGUUGUGUUCUGCAA